UUUAAACACGGUCCAUCUGCUCGCCCACCAUGACCCCCCACUUCAAACCCACCCCAGAUGGUCCCUUCCUUGCCUUACGCUCACGUCGACUCCAGCUUACGAGCCCUCGCAGGCCAAGCUGAGGCUUUCGGUCGCUUUGCCAUCGGCGGACUCCACGGUCCCCUUUACCCCGUCACCACUUUAGCACUGGAUGAAGUUAAAGAUGGGAUCUUGGAUAUGUACAUGGGUAGGGACAAGAUUGCUGACACUGUUGAUUUGAAAGGAUUAAUGUCAAGUUGUGCGAAAACUGGUAUGAGAAUUAUAACACUUGAAAUGAUAGGCCAGGAUCAUUGCGUGAUGGUUGUAGGAAAAAAGAGCCCCUCUGGAUUGUCUUUGAAGUUUCAGGAACUAUUCAUCUUUCAUUGUACCCGAGUGUCUUCUUAUAAGACCAUUGAUGGCUGCGGCCAAAGGGUAAAACUCACAGGGAAAGGUUUGAGUCUUAAGGAGUGUGAGCAUGUUAUUAUAUGCAAUUUGGAGUUUGAAGGUGGUAAAGGACCUGAUGCUGAUGGCAUUCAGAUAAAACCUAAAUCAAAACAUAUAUGGAUAGAUCAUUGCGGCCUCCGUGCUUAUGAUAAUGGAUUGAUUGAUAUCACUAGAGAAAGCACAGAUAUUACUAUUUCUAGGUGUCAUUUUUCACAGCAUGACAAAACAAUCCUCACUGGACCUGAUCCUUCUCACAUUGGUGAUAGAUGUAUUCGGAUAAUUAUUCAGCACUGCUUCUUCGAUCGAACCCGAGAACGGCAUCCUCGUGUUAGGUAUGGAAAAGUGCAUCUAUACAAUAAUUAUACCAGAAACUGGGGCACUUAUGCAGUUUGUGCCAGUGUGGAAUGACAGGUUGAUGAUAGUCUUACCAUUUUGUAAUCUUGCUUUUCCUUUUUGAUUCCCUGCUUGUUAUUUUUGAAGGUAUCUUGGUCUAUGUAAUGGGUUGUUCCGUGAAGAUAAAUGAUAAAGAUGUUCCCAUUUGUUAUUGGUAUAAGAUAUACUCUCAGUGCAAUGUAUGUUGGAAUUGUUCCAGAUAAUCAUGCCACCAAAGCUGCUGUGCUGCUGUCCAUUUGAGUCAAUUUGUCUCUUAUUUGAAUUUAAUUUAGUUUGUUGCAGUUUGUUUAAAGAAC